AUGAUAAAAACAUAAUUAAUUGAACUUCUUAAAUUAACAGAAGAUGAUCUCAAAAAAACUGUGAUUAUUAAAUAACAUCCUUAAUAUCAAUAAAUCUAUUUCAUGAUUUUAAAUCAAAAAGCCAAUACUUUUACACAUAAGUUUGUCAGAGAAAUACAUGAUGCUUUAACUAUUGUAGAAUAACAUGAUGGACACACAGCGUUAAUUACAACAUCUCUUCAUCCUACUGUAUUUAGUGGAGGUUUAGAUCUAAAUGUUACAGGAGUAAAUAAUUAUCUAUAUAAAAUAGAAUAUGAAUAUAUUUGAUAGAAAUAAUUUUGUUCUUGAAUUUAUAAGGUUAUUGGGAAGAUUAUUAAGAUAUCCAGUUCCAACAAUAGCUUUAGUAAAUGGUCAUGCAGUAGCUGGUGGAUGCAUGUUCAUGUUUGCUCAUGAUUGGAGAAUAGCAAGAGCAGAACCAAAAAAAGCUCAUUGUUCAUUACCAGAAAUUGAGAUUGGUUUUAAUUGUAUCACUAUUAAUUAGGUAUGUAUCUACCUCCAGGAAUGAAUGCAGUUUGUCAAUGUAAACUUACACCUAAUGUCCAUAGAGAUUUAUGUUUAUUAGCAAGAAGAUAUGAUCUUGCAACUGAAGGAUUAUAAUAUUAAAUUGUGGAUGGAUUAGCAACAGAAGAUAAAAUUGUUGAAGCUUCAAUCUAAAAAGCUUUAGCUGUAGCCAAAUUUGGUUAAGAUAAAGAAAACUUUAUCAAAAUCAAAGCAGAAAUGUAUAGGGAUGCAAUUAAGGCUUGCUUUACAAGAUAAUUGGCACCAGGUAAUGCAUAUGACUUAGGAUUACCUAAAUUAUGA